GAAGACUUCUCAUGGAGCUCCCCGGAUCAUCCUUCCUCGUUCCAAGACCAGAUCUAUUCAUUCUACAGACCUCUUGUCCACAACAUCACGGAUCCCACCUUUGUCAACGACGACAAUCAAGUGUUCACCGUCCAAGGCGAGCCGCGAAUCAAGUCGCCGCUAGGUAAAAAAGCCAUCAUCCUCACUGUUGAUAGCCGGCCACGCAAUGGUGUCGGGGAGCUUCUCGCCGGAGACCCUCUCAAAUUUGCUACAGCGAGUCCGUCGGCUUUCGGUGCUUUGAAUCACUAUCUUUAUGCUCUCAUCCACGUCUAUGACUAUCGCUACGUACGGGCUCCCGAGUUCGCUGACCGAUAUGGGACAUGGGUCAAAGUUCCCAUUGUGGAAGAGGCACUUUUGACUCAUGAUGUGGCUGUCUUCAUGGACGGGGAUGUCGGCGUGCAUUACCCCCAUGUGCCGCUGGAAUGGUUAAUGAACCACUGGAACAUCACCGAUGAAACCCUCGUCGCAGCGCCUGUGGACGUUCAUCAGUACGACAACUUCAACGACCGCGGCGAGGUCUCUCUAAACACGGGUUUUUUACUCGGACAGGCUAGUCAGCGCAUCCAUGAGCUGUUCCAAGAAUGGGUCGAUUGCCCCCUUGAGUUGACCGAUUUUUAUGCCGGUUGCUCCACGUGGGCAUACAACUGGGCCCAUGAACAGGCUGCACUUCGGGAUUAUAUUCGUCACAAGUACGAUCGCCCUGAGGACGUUGUGGAGAUUCCAUGCGCCGAGGCCAACGGCUCUCCGGACCAUCCGGAUGGCAGUCAACAGGGUGGUGAGGGUGGGUGGCCGAGAUGGCUUAUGUGGCCGACGGGGGUUAUAAAAUACAUUAUAGACUAUCGGCCACCCAGGGAAGUGGGCCGCACCUCGGCCCGGCCCUGUGGUCCCGUGACAAGAAUAUAA